CCCCUCCUGCGCCGGUCCAAACGGGAGAAGGCUGAGAGCAUGCUGCGCAAUGAUUCGCUCAGCUCGGACCAGUCAGAGUCUCUGCGGCCGCCCCCGCCACGGCCCUACAAGUCAAAACGUGGCGGUGCCGGGAAGAGACAGACAUCUGUCAGCAGCUCAGAGGAAGAGGGAGGGACCACGCCGGAGUAUAGCAGCUGUGAGGACGCCGAGAUUGAGAGUGUCAGCGAGAGAGGGGACUGGGAGUGCUACCCGCCGGACCCCACUGUGUGGCAUUGUUGUUCACAGCAUCCGGUGACAUGGCAGCCGUCCAAAGAGGGUGACCAUCUAAUUGGCCGAAUCACCCUGAGCAAGAGGAGUGCUAUGCCCAAAGAGGCCGGAGCACCGCUGGGGCUGAAGGUGGUUGGGGGAAGGGUCACAGAGGCGGGCAGACUGGGAGCCUUCAUCACUGUAGUCAAGAAGGGCAGUCUGGCCGACAUCGUGGGACACCUUCGAGCAGGGGAUGAGGUUCUGCAGUGGAAUGGCAAGAUGUUGCCAGGAGCAACCCAGAAAGAAGUUUAUAAUAUCAUUCUCAAUUCCCAAGCAGAACCUCAAGUGGAACUAGUGGUGUCUCGGCCCAUUGGUGAUAUCCCAAGAAUCCCAGACACGUCCCACCCUCCAUUAGAAUCUAGUUCCAGUUCAUUUGAGUCCCAGAAGAUGGAGCGGCCAUCUAUAUCGGUCAUGUCCCCCACCAGCCCCAGUACACUUAGAGACCACCCACAGCUAAUGCCUGGACAGCUUGCAGUCAAGCUGUGGUAUGAUAAGGUGGGACACCAGCUGAUUGUGAACGUGGUACAGGCUACAGAGCUGCCUCCCCGCCCGGACGGGCGACCCAGAAACCCCUACGUCAAAAUGUACUUCCUGCCAGACCGAAGCGAUAAGAGCAAGCGGAGGACUAAGACAGUGAAGAAGAGUGGAGAGCCAAAGUGGAACCAGACGUUUGUGUACUCCCACAUCCACCGCAGAGACUUUCGCCAACACAUGCUAGAGCUGACCGUGUGGGACCAGCCUCGCUUACCUGACGAGAAUAGCAUGUUCAUGGGAGAGAUCCUAAUAGAGCUGGAGACAGCCCCGUUGGAUGACAAGCCUCACUGGUACAAGCUGCAGACCCAUGACGUGUCGUCUAUCCCCCUGCCCUGGCCAUCCCCUUACAUGCCCCGCAGAAUCACAGACACACCCAGCAAGAAGCUGCAGCGUUCUCAGCGUGUUAAAGAGCCUGAUUUGGGACAAUAUAUCGUAUGUAUGUUUGCUUUUAUGAACACAGCUUCUGUGUGUGUAGCUGCCGAGAGGGGUUCGCGGGAGAGGGGGAGGCAGCAGAAGGAUCCCCACGCCACCACUCUGGAGGUGCCGGAGCAGAAGAGGACACCCCAGCAUCGCUCUCGAUCUGUCUCUCCUCACAGAGAGGAACAGGGCAGGGGGCGAUCACGACCCGCCAAUGUCCCCACCCAGAGGAGUUUGGAUGAUGAGAUCCACCAUAGUAGGAGGUCUCGUUCUCCCACCCGCUACUACGACUCUACCAGAGGACACUACCAGGAGCAGGACUAUGUAGAUGACAGGUGUGUUGAGGUCAUCCUGAUCCACCAGUCAAUGCGGGGCAAAAGUGCAGAAUGCCUACACACUGAAAGUGAUCUACAUACCUCUCUGGACAGGGUUAAGACUAGGAGUGCUAGCACCAACUGUCUGAACCCAGAAAGGAACCAUAGUGUUCCUUCACCAGAUCCCCAAAGGGGCCACCUCCAAGGUGGUGCGUCUCUGUCCACCUCAGUGAUGUCCUCGUCAGCAGCUCGCAGGGUCAGACAACUCCCACAAGUCCCAGACAAGAGCAGCAGCCCCGUAGAGCAAGCCCUAGCAGCAGAGGAGCGUGUUCGUCAGCUCCAGAUGAAGGUGCAGCAGAGGGACUCCUACAGGAGUUCUGCUGCUCCGUCCACUUCUAGCAGGGACGUGGAGAGGGUGCUCAAGAGCAAACGCGAGCUGUAUAAGGACCAGAGGAGAACCAGCUGUGAGAACGUAUCCCGCAAGUCUUCAGACAGUGAUGUCAGCGACGUGUCAGCCAUCUCUCGCACCAGCAGUGCCUCCCGCAUCAGUAGUACCAGCUACAUAUCCAUCCAGUCAGAGAGACCCCGGGGACGCUUCAACAAGGCGAUGCGUGCGUCAAGCCGCAGCAUGUUGAAGAGCACCAGUGUGAGUGGUGAGAUCUAUGGCAUUGAGCAUACGGACGGCAGCCAAUCAGAUACAGCAUUGGGCGGGGGCAAGAAGCGGCGCUCCAGCCUCAGCCAACGGGUGGUGGCCAUUGUGGGCCUGCCCUCCAGACGCAGCUGCAGCACCUCACAGCUCACCUCCCAGAAAGCAGUGGUGGUGGAUACUAAAAAGAAGGGCAAGAAAAAGAACAAAAUUCAGAUCCAGCGGAGUACAGAGGUGGGCAUGGCUGUAGAGUACCCCCGCUCUGCCAUGAACCGCCAGGCCAGCAGAGACUCCACUGACGGAAGCAUGAACAGCUACAGCUCUGAGGGGAAUCUAAUCUUCUCGGGGAUGAGGCUGGGGGUUGACAGUCAGUUCAGUGACUUCCUGGAUGGCCUUGGCCCCGCCCAACUGGUGGGCCGGCAAACAUUAGCCACACCCGCCAUGGGAGAUGUUCAGAUCGGAAUGAUGGACAAAAAAGGCCAGCUAGAGGUGGAGGUGAUUAGAGCACGUGGCCUUACCCCCAAACCAGGGUCCAAAUCACUCCCAGCACCCUAUGUCAAGGCCUACCUGCUGGAUAACGGAGCCUGUAAAGCCAAAAAGAAAACCAAGAUUGCACGUAAAACCCUGGAGCCACUCUACCAGCAGGCCCUGCUGUUUGAGGAGAGCCCACAGGGGAAAGUCCUCCAGAUAAUAGUCUGGGGCGACUACGGGCGACUGGAUCACAAAUGCUUCAUGGGAGUUGCACAGAUCCUAUUGGAGGAGCUGGACCUCUCCAGCACAGUGAUUGGCUGGUACAAAUUGUUUCCUCCUUCCUCAUUGGUGGACCCUACCUUAGCCUCGCUUACGCGGCGGGCGUCCCAGACAUCCCUGGACAGCUCAGGACCAGCUGGUAUGCGCUCUUAG